UACUCUAAAGAAAACAAUUAAAAUUAUUAUAAAUAGUUUGAAUGUUUGAAAACAACAAGAUAAAUAUAUAAUUAUUAUCAUAACGGAUAAAUUUUCAAAAAUUACGGAUAAUUAUUAAUCGAAUUUGCUCUCCUCGGUAAAACCGCUCAACAGAUUACGUCGAAGUUCCUUGCUGGUGAAAACAGGGAAUUGUUUUAUAAAUUCGCGUGAAAAAAGUAAAAACUUGAUAGAAAUAUUAGGAAAGUAAAACAGUUGAACAUUUGAAGUCAUGACGGAUGUUGUCAAUAAAAGCAGUGCUGAUGAAAGCGAAGAAAAGCAGAGGACUUUGAGUCUAACAGAAAAUUCUCCAACUUCGGCUGGAGUCGAAUCAGAAUAUGACACAGCAAGCACUAAUUCAAGAUCAGACAAUGAACAAGACGAAUAUGAAGACGACGAAGAAGAUAGCUUAGAUGACGAAGCCACGGAUGAAGAAGGAGAUAUGAUUGAUGAUGAACGCGAAUCAGGAGAUGGACAAGAAGAGCAAGAAAGUGAAAGUGGAACAAAGAAGAAAGUUGAUCAUGAUGAGGAUCGCUCAAAUCCUCAGUACAUUCCCAAGAAAGGGACGUUUUACGAGCACGAUGACCGUACAGUAGAAGAUCUUGAUUCUGUUGAGCAGCAGGAGAAUCCAGAAAAUCCAACAAACAGCAAUGAGGCUUUAUCCACAUCAAGCAAAAUUCUCUCAACGCAAAAUCAGAAAGUCACACCGAAACAAGUGAAAAAGACUAAAGACACUGACAGAUGGACACAUGAUCGAUUCAAUGAAAACGAACAAGCACCGAAAUCACGAGCUGAACUCGUGUCUGCUUAUGGGUAUGAUAUUCGUAAUGAAGACUGUGCACCUCGUCCACGUCGACAACGACGAUAUGGACGUCAUCAAUCGAAGUACUCGAGAAAUUGGGAAGAUGAAGAAGCUUACCGAAAGACUCAAGCUAUGAAACCGGCCUCAACACGACGGCCUCUACGUCCAGAAGACUUUCCAGCCCUUGGCGCUACUAAAACUUCGUCUAAGACUCGACGAAUUCGUCGUACAAGCAGACCGCAAGAUGAAAAUGAUCCACAAUCAUCAUCAAACUAUCGAUCACCGGUCAGGAAUCGUGAACAGAGAUCAAGAGAUGAUCGUGGCUCGCGUGAACCUCGAAAUCAACGCUAUAAUAAUGAUACCAGUAGCAAUAAUAACAACGCACGACAUGUCAAAGGAAAGAAGAAUAUAAACUUCAAUCACAAUAUUGAAUACAAGAAUCAGAAUCGUAAAAAUAUUAAUUACGAGUCAAAUAAUCCGAAGAAUAAUAACGUAUUGAAUCAACAAAUGCAAACGUCAUCAUCUUCGCAACAGGGUCAAUCAACAUCGAGCAGCGCACAUCAGCAUCAUCAACAAUCACGUUACAACAAUGAAACUCCCGUUUCGUCAAUGAGUUUUAUCAACAGUAAAAUGAAUAAUGCUGCAAAUAAUUCAAAUGCUCAAGCUUCGGGAUCGUCACGUACAAUUUUGAACUUUGAUAACUCGUCAGGUAAUUAUGGACGGGGAAGUCGAGAAAAGGAAGUGAAUAAUCAACAUCAGAUGCAUCAACAACAGAUGUCAAAUCAAAGUUCAGCGAUAUCGCCUAAUAAGAAUCUUCAAUACACUGAUCAUCAAGUCGAUCAAAUGAAAUUAAUGGAGAAAAGUUAUCAGCAACAACAAGGCAAGACGACAAAUGUUAAUUUGAAUCAAGUUGCCGGUAAUAGUGGACAACAUCCAUCAAUGAACAACAUGCAAGACUCACAAAUGAUGAAUAAUUCUGAAAUGACAAGAUCAAAACGAUAUUCGACUAGUCGUCAAAGAUCAAAUGUCAAUGAAGCACAAUCGCAAGCUUAUCAUCAACAGCAACAACAACAACAGCAAUAUAUGCAACAAGAAAUUGAGCCAUCACAUGUUCAGAAUGUUAUGCCAACACAACAAGUUCCAUCAGCGACUAUGAUGAAUCCACAAACAGUUCCACAGACUUCCAAUCCAGGAUCAAAUGUCCACCAACAACAACAACAGCAGCAGCAACAACAACAAACUCAAAAGUAUCAAGCUGCAUAUUAUCCAACAAAUCCAGCAAGUGAAUAUGCAGCUGCUGCUGCACAACAAGCAGCAAUGAUGAAUGCCAUGGUUGAGAAAUAUCAGUAUCAACAACAGCCAACACCCUCGCAAUACUUGCCGCCACAACAAUCUCAACAAAUUUACAUGCCACCGCAAACACAGCCAACCCCACAGCAGCAACAACUUCUAAAUUAUGUGUCAACAAUUCAGCCACAAGCUCCUGCAGCAGCGCCAGCUUAUCCACAAUAUACGAACUAUCAGAAUUAUAAUAUUCAACCACCAACAGCUACACCGACACCUCCUCAGCCAUCACCAGCAACACAACCUCCACCAACUGCCCAACAACCAAUUUAUCAAACGCAAAGUGGAUUGACUUAUUAUCCCAAUGCACAAAUUGCUCCAACACAUCCACAAAGAAUCAUUCAACCACCUCAAAGACGUCCUAAUCCGAUACCAAUUUUAGCGCCACGUGAUCAUAAAAAAAUUCAAAGCGCCGGAGGUGCUGGCACUGAUGAUUCAGAUAAGAAUAUUGAGAGUGAGAAAGGUGCCAGUGGUGCUGAAAACAUUGAUCACAUAUUGGAUAAUAUGUUUGUUAAAAGACAACCGUACGAGCCUACAAUUUCAUUAAAGGAUCCGCAAACUGCUUCGGUAUCAAAUGAUGAUAAGCCUGAAGAUCAAAUAAGUGAUGGCAUGAAUACCAUGUCGAUGAGUGAUGACAAAGCCGAAGGAAAAUAAAUUGUAAUCUUCAAACAUAUUUUUCUUAAAAAAUUUCAUUUUUAAUUCACUUAGACUUUCUUUUUUAAUAAUUAAAUGAUAACUUUUUUUUUUCUUACGUUUGACAUUUUCUUUGUGUUUUUUAAAUAAUUUUUAACUUGUAUUGAAAUAAUUGUGAAAAUAUUUAAAUAAAUAAUAAAAGUAGAAGAAAGAAAAGCAAA